UACCAACAUCCGGGUACUCAGCUCUUCGUCUUCCAGGAGCAGAGCACCUGUCGGGUUGGGGCGCUGGCACCGAGAUGUCUGAAAGCAGCAGAGAGGUUGUAGAGCAGGAGUCGACAGAAAACACCGAGGGCGGAGUGUUGUCGAGGGACGGUGUGUUUCGCUCCUUGCUGCGCGGCCUCUUCUGGCCUUUCAGCGUCGUGGUGAGGGUCUUCCUAAGGUUUUGGGGGCUGUUGGGGUUUUGGAAGCCUCAGGAGAGAGUCCUCCCCGGCCCCCUGACCUCCAGCCCUAAUCGUCCUAGCUUCAUCGCCCGCAAGCGCGUGCGGUGGGUGAGCCGGGUGGUGCUGCUCAUCCUGCCCCGCAGCGUGCAGGGCGCCCUGGGGUACCACGUGUCUGGCAGCAUUGGUCAAUCCCUAUCCCCAGAAAUCAGUGCGUCUCCUACGAAGCUAAAUGGAAAGGGCAGCAAGAGGAAACAGGAUGAUUUGUACAAGGAUGACUCUAAAGACGAAGAACAUCCAACUUGGGUGAAAGUGCUGUCUACAGAAUGUCCGGAUGAUGAAGACUCAGAGGAAGACCCUGAUUAUGAGCAGCCCAGUCCGGUGGAAACUGAAAGUGAAGAAUACGCCUCUCAAAACGACACAGAAAGUGAGCUUCAGACUUCACGUGGAGAGGAUGUCAACAUGUCUCCCAUCCUGAGCAAGCCCAAAGGCAACUGUGGAAAUGGAAAAACUCCUUAA